AUGCGUUCAAAAUCAGACUGACUUUGGAGAUUCCAAGUACACCUUCUACAUGAAGAGCCAUCUAAUCUAUAACGACAGCGUGGCAUUUUGCAAGAAAUGCGGUUAUCGUGUUGUGACUAUUGAGUCCAAAGAAGAACAAACAUUUUUGGCGAGUCAAAUGAAGAUCCAUAUCCCUACACCACGUUCAUCAUACAACAAUCACGGUGACAAUGACGGUUUCUUCUUGGAUUUUUACAAUCCCGAAGGAAAUCAAACUAUUCGAAUGGACAACAAAUCCAUUGUACUAUUCACAAUAUUUGCUGAUGGCCAGCCGAAUGGCAUGCACCAUUACAUUGCUGCUAUGGGUUACGACAAUUGGCUUUGGCAUGACGUUGCAAAACGGGAUAGAUUCCAAACCGUUUGCGAGAUAGGGAUAAAGGAAUUCUAUGUUUGGUAAAUGAUAGUAUGAUAUAUUGUAUGUUAGAUCGUCUUUCUUAUCUGCACACGGAUAAUAGGCUCAUAACCAAUAACUAACCUGUUAAUUCACAUUCAUAUAUAUAUAAAUAAUAUUGUGUUUAUAUUGUAUUAUACAGUAACUUUUACAUCAGACCGUUUCCACUUUAAACGAUUUGAAUUAUUAAAUUAUUUGCUUUGAAAAUGACGUAUAUGAUACAAUUAAUUUGAGACUAGCUACAAUAAUUACAAGGGAUUCACAAUCUUCCUAA